AUGAUAAGCAGACAGGGGAGGUGUGAAGUUCGGGCCGUGUGGCCCCUGCUAUUGACUGGGCUGCUGUUGACAGUCAUGGUCACGGCCUUGGAGUACGAGGGAGUCCCUGGUCAGUGGGCGCGGUACGGCCGCUGGGAAGCCAAGGCCACAGGCCAGCUGAGCUUCGCUCUGAAGACCAACAUCAGCAAGGCCCUGGUGCUCUACCUGGACGACGGAGGGAACUGUGACUUCCUGGAGCUUCUGAUCGCAGACGGCCGGCUGCAUCUUCGCUUCACCAUCCACUGUGCAGAGCCGGCCUCCCUGCACACGGAGACUCGUGUCAACGACCAGCGCUGGCACCGCGUGCUGCUCACCCGUAACUACAAAGAGACCAGCCUGGUGGUGGACAACGAGGACAAGGUGGCCGAGGUCAAGUCCAAGAGGAGUGAGAUGGUGGUGGCCAGUGACCUUUACGUAGGCGGCAUCUCGCCAGACGUGCGCCUAUCUGCCCUCACGUCCAGCACCGUCAAAUACGAGCCACCCUUCCAGGGCCUGAUCGCCAACCUGAAGCUGGGGGAGACCCUCCCCGUGCUCCUGGAUGGCCAGAGUGUUCAGAAUGAUUUGGAAUAUCUGUGCAUUAAACAGAACCCCUGCAGCAACAGAGGCAUCUGCUCCAUCCACCAGGGAGAGGUCCUCUGUGACUGCACCGACACUGGAUACAAGGGAAAGUACUGCCAUGAAGGUCUGGCGCACUUGAUGUUAAACCGCCAAGCAAAAGAGGAGUCGGUUGCCACCUACAAAGGCAACGAGUUCUUCAGCUAUGACUUAUCUCAGAUGCCCAUCCAGAGCAAACUGGACGAGAUCACUCUGUCCUUCCGCACGCUGCAGAGGAACGGCCUCCUUCUGCACACCGGGAAGUCAGCUGACUAUGUCAACCUAUCCCUGAGGAGCGGCGCUGUGUGGCUGGUCAUCAACCUGGGCUCAGGGGCCUUCGAGGCCCUGGUGGAGCCCACCAACGGCAAGUUCAACGACAAUGCCUGGCACGAAGUGCGCAUCACACGCAACCUGCGCCAGCACCCAGCUAUUGAACAUGCUAUGGUGACUGUCUCUGUGGAUGGGAUCCUGUCCACCACCGGCUACACCCAGGAGGACUACACCAUGCUGGGCUCUGAUGACUUGUUCUACAUUGGGGGGAGUCCCAACACGGCUGACCUCCCUGGCUCCCCAGUCAGCAGUAACUUCAUGGGCUGUCUCAAAGACGUGAUUUACAAGAACAAUGAGUUCAGACUGGAGCUGUCUCGUCUGGCUGCAGAGCGGGACCCUCAGGUCAGUGUUCACGGUGACCUGACCUUCCGCUGUGAGGAUGUGGCUGCCCUGGAGCCAGUCACCUUCGACACGCCCGCCUCCUACCUCACCCUGCCCAGGUGGAACACCAAGAAGACCGGCUCCAUCUCCUUUGACUUCCGGACCACGGAGCCCAGCGGCCUGCUGCUGUUCAGCCACGGGGACAGACGUCUGCGGGACCCAGACAGACAGCCGGACAGGCAGGCCAGGGCUGAUUACUUUGCCAUGGAGCUAAUGGAUGGCUUUCUCUACCUGGUGAUGGACAUGGGCUCUGGCACCAUCAAGAUGAAGGCCAGCAACAAGAGGGUCAACGAUGGGGAGUGGUGCCACGUGGACUUCCAGAGGGAGGGGCGUAAGGGCUUCAUCUCGGUGAACAGCCGCAGUACACCAUUCUCUGCGAAUGAAGGCAAUGAGAUCUUAGACCUGGAGGGGGAAUUGUACCUGGGGGGUCUGCCCGAGGAACGCCAGCGCCUCAUCCUCCCCCCAGAAGUCUGGACGGCCCCCCUCAACCUGGGCUACGUGGGCUGCAUGCGGGACCUGUUCAUGGAUGGACGGAGCUGGGACCUGAGGAGACUGGCAGAGAUCCAGAGUGCCUCUGGAGUCAGCAGCUUCUGCACCAGGGAAACUCACGUCAGGUGUGGCAGAGACGUCUGUGGCAACGGUGGGCAGUGCCGUGAGGGCUGGAACCGUCAUGUGUGUGAUUGCACCAGCACGGGCUACCUGGGUCCCAACUGUGAGAGCGAGGCCACUGUGCUGAGCUACGACGGCAGCAUGUACCUGAAGGUGACGCUGCCAGUCAGCAUGCACACGGAGGCCGAGGACGUAGCGCUACGCUUUAUGUCCCAGAGGGCCUUUGGGCUGCUGUUGGCCACCACCUCCCAGGACUCAGCUGACACCCUGCGUCUGGAGCUGGAAGCGGGCCGGGUCAAACUCACCGUCAACCUGGAUUGUAUCAGGAUAGACUGUAACCUCAGUAAAGGCCCAGAGAUGCUGUUAGCAGGACAGAAGCUGAACGACAAUGAGUGGCACUCAGUGAAGGUGGUACGUCUUGGGAAUAACCUGCAGCUCUCUGUGGACAAUGUGACUGUGGAAGGCCAUAUGGCCGGUGCCCACACCCGCCUGGAGUUCUACAACAUUGAGACUGGCAUCAUGACAGAGAGACGCUUCAUCUCUGUGGUGCCAACCAACUUCAUAGGGCACCUGCAGGCCCUCUCCUUCAACGGCGUGCCCUACCUGGACCAGUGUAAGAACGGAGACAUCUCCUACUGCGAACUCAACGCCCGCUUCGGCAUGCGCCGCAUUGUGGCAGACCCUGUGACCUUCCACAGCCGGGCCAGCUACCUAGCCUUCUCUACCCUGCAGGCCUACGCCUCCAUGCACCUCUUCUUCCAGUUCAAGACCACCUCCCCUGAUGGCCUGCUCCUCUUCAACUCUGGAGACGGCAGUGACUUCAUCAUGGUGGAGCUGGUCAAAGGGUACAUCCAUUAUGUGUUUGACCUGGGUAACGGACCGUCACUCAUGAAGGGCAACUCUGAGAAGCCUCUCAACGACAAUCAGUGGCACAACGUGGUGGUGUCCCGGGAUGAUAAAAACGUGCACAUCCUCAAGACCGACUCCCGCACCGUCACCCAGCACUCCAACGGAGCCCGUAACCUGGACCUCAAAGGGGAUCUGUAUGUUGGUGGUGUGGGGAAGACCAUGUACAGUAGCCUGCCCAAGCUGAUCGCGUCCCGCGAUGGGUACCAGGGCUGCCUGGCCUCCGUGGACCUGAACGGGAGACUUCCUGACCUGAUGGCAGACGCCCUCCACAGGGUGGGCCAGGUGGAGCGGGGCUGUGGAGGCCCGAGCAGCACCUGUACAGAGGACUCGUGCCAUCACCAGGGGGUGUGUCUCCAGCAGUGGGAGGGCUUCUCCUGUGACUGCACCAUGACCUCCUAUGGAGGAGCAUUCUGCAGCGACCAGUAG